AUGUACCCUGUUAUUAAUAUGCUUCUAGACGUAGUCGUUGAUGACGACGUCGAUUUGUUUGACGAGGAGCCACUGGAGGAUGACGUUGAGGGAGAGGCCCUUAUAGCUGCCGAUGAUCUCUUGCUUCUCGCAGAUGCUCCUGCUGAGGAGGCGUCAUCUGUUGCACCUGCCCCUGCCCCGAGUUUUGCUAUUGAACAUGACAUUGAUGAGGAUUCUGACCCCGUCUUCCCACCUGGGUUCGAUCCAGACCAGGACAUUGAGUUCAUACACCUAGAUCAGCCCAUGGAGGACCCAGUUGAUCCUGUUGACCCUGCGUUUGCUGAUCCUGCAGAUUUCGAGAUGGUGUUUGACGACCCGGAGCCUGCUGUGGCCCUCGAGCCAGUAGUUGUUCCAGACCCCGCAUUCGAACAUGACCCUAUUCAUGAUGAUGCACCCGUUGUUAAUCCUUUGGUUGCUGAUAUACCUAUCGAUGAUUAUCCGAUUGUUGCUCCACUGUUGGAGGAUGAUCAUGUUGUUGCUGAUGCCCAUUUUGAUGCACUACCAUUGUUAGAGGGUCCUGUUGUUGCUCCACUGGUAGUGGAUGAGCAUGUUGCUGAUAUACCCGCUGAGCCUGAUGUUGUUGCUCCUUUACCUGACCCGGUGCCUCUAGAGCCCGACCAUGCACUCUUUGCGACUCAUGUUGACCCCCGUUACGCGCACACCCGAAAUGGGUGGAUAGAUGACGAUGAUGAGUACCCGCCUUUUGUGGUGCCAGUUACACCUGUUCCAGCACCUGCUUCAGCUCCUUUUGAUGCACCCUUAUUUCCCACCCACACUGCUGAUGCUCACCGCACAAAUCUGCCCAUCACAUUUCUCCAGGAGAUCCCUCCGCCACGUCCUGGAGAGGGCUCUUCCCGUCAGCCUUUCGGCCAUACACCUUUUCUGACUGGAGGAGAUCAGUCCUUGCCACAGAUCCCUCAUCAUACUGCUGUUCCCCCUGUUCCACCGUUUACUGUGCCACAUUUUACUCCAGCUAGUGAGCCUUUUCUUUGGACAUCACCACCCAUCAUGCCACCAUCGGAUCCUUAUCAUCCUUUUCACAUGGGUUAUUCUGUAGAGGACAUUCUCAGGUCAUUCAUGGUCUAG